UGGCAGGCGCGCCUCCAGCGCCGUCGGGCGUCCCUGGCUCCCGAUGGCCGAGCCUCCAGCUCGGGAUGGGCGGGCCAGAGACUGACGGCGCCCUCUGCCAAUGUGCGGCGCCGGCGCCCCUUGUGCUGCCUGGCAGGGCAUGGGGAGGACCGGCGCUGCUGCGGUGUCGGCCGCCCGCUCCGAGGCAGCUCCUCUGGUUGCAGCGUCUGCGACGCCUCCUGGCCGCCCUUUCUGGCGGCGAGGGCGGCGCACCUGGCGAUCGGAGGGGCAGUCCUGCCGGUGGGUGCGGGGCUGUGACGAGAGGGAGGCGGCGGGGCCAGUGGCUCCUCGACCCCCCCGGCGGCCCCUCCACGCCACACACUUGACAUGCCAGCAAGUCCCGUUUCCCCACUUUUCGCCUCCAGGCUGGAAGGACGCCUGUCGUCUCGGGGGGCCGGAUUUGGCGAGCAAAGUCUCCAGUUGCUGACCUCUGCGCUAGAGUCGCGGAGCCCCGCGGUGCGAAGGGCUGGGACGCUGAGUGGUGUGACAAGGUGUCGCGCUGCUAGCUGCGGGCUUGGAAACCAGCAGCCCAACCCAACUGGCGUGCCUGUUGCAGGUUAAGCCCAGAUCGGCUGCCUUGGUAAUAGCGAUCCAGCUGGCUACUAUCGGGACUGAGAAGAAAACGCCGGCCCCCUCCCCCCACCCCCCACGACAAAAACGGGGCAUGCAAUUAGGGCAUAACGGGGUGAGGGACAACUUCCAUGUCACAAUUUGAUUAUGGGAAGAAAGUAGUGAUUGCUUAGGAAUGGUGGGUUGAGCUUGCUGAGUCUCUAAAUAAUGACUGCUUGCAAUGUUAGGCAAACUGGCUUUGCAUGGGAUUCUGGUUUCACAAGCUGUGUGAGGGGAUGCAAACCUGAUGGCAUUUAAACCAACUGACCUUACUGCUCUGGGGUUUCAUGUAGGCAGAUUGAGUUUGGGGGCUUCCAGACAGGGGCUUAAUUUGCAAACUGGUUGUUGACAGCAGGGUUCCCCCCCCCAUUUUUUUAUUGGAUUUCCCCCAGAAUGGGUAAAUCCAGAUUAAAGUGGGUGGGAGGAAUACAGAUUGCCAUUUUGAUGCCGUAUUUUAUCUGGAAAAUUCAAACAAGCAAUUGAAACGUGCCUGCUUUAGGAGUAGCCAUCCCACAGUCAUUACCCAGAGAGAUUCAGUCUCUCAUGUGUCCAGCUGAUCAUAACUGAGGUGAAGGACACUGGCUGCUUCCAUCAUGCUCAGCUCUGCAGAGGCAAAGAUGCUGGUGUACAACCAUGCCCUUAUGGUGCAGCUAUUUAUUAGGCUCUGGAUACACAAGUUAAGAAGCUGUUACAGGUGCGAGAGAAAAUGCUGUGUGCUGAGCACCCCUUUCCUGGCCCCUCUGGAUGUUGAUGGACUCCAAAUCUCAUCAGCCCCAGCCAUCAGGGACCAUGGGAAGUGUAGUCCAGAAACAUCUGGACAGCUGCAGAUCCCCUACACCUCACUCAGAAGUACUUAAGAGUUUCAGGGGGACUCUGGUUCAGACCAGGUGUGAUGUGAAGUGUCUCUCAGUACAGUAUUAACCUACUAACCUGUUUUAUCUUCUCCCCUUAGUUCUAAAAAGCUCAAGCAAGCAUACCCCCAUUUUAUCCUCACAACAACCCUGUGAGAGCAACACAACCCUGUUUGAGAAUGGAGAUUUCUUCCCAUCAGUUUCAUCUGCUGCAACAAUUAAAUGAACAGCGCAGGCAAGACUUAUUUUGUGACUGCAGCAUUUUGGUUGAGGGGAAGGUCUUCAAAGCCCACCGGAAUGUGCUGUUUGCCAGUAGUGGCUACUUCAAAAUGCUCCUUUCACAGUGCUCAAAGGAAACCAGUCAACCAACAACCGCAACUUUCCAGGCAUUUUCUCCCGAAACAUUUUCCGUGAUCCUGGAUUUUGUGUAUUCAGGCAAACUCUCCCUCACUGGCCAGAAUGUGAUUGAGGUCAUGUCAGCUGCCAGCUAUCUGCAAAUGACUGAUGUUAUUAGUGUUUGCAAGACAUUCAUUAAAUCCUCCUUGGAUAUCAGUGAGAAGGAAAAAGAUCGCUAUUUUAGUCUCUCGGAUAAGGAAGUGAACUCAAAUGGCGUGGAGCGUUUAUGCCUGUAUGGGACUGGGUGGAGAACAGAGAGCAGUCCCCCUCAUUCGCACUUAAGCCCAGAUCAAGGGACAUGUAUAGUGGGUGGAAAUUCUUGGACCAAUUUCAAUUAUUACCCAGCCACUCAAAGAAAUGCCCAGCAGCUCUCCAAGCAUGACCAAAGGCAAGAACCCAUGAAGAAAACCAGUAGACAUAUAGGGCUGCCACAACCCUCCGAUGUCCCUCACUAUAAGGCAAGUAAACUUGAAGAGCGAGUUUCGGAGCCUAUAAGCCACACUUCUCCAUCUGAAGAGGACGUCCAAAUUGAUUCGGAAGGUGACUCUGGCCAUUCCAGCUACCAGUACGGCCAGGGAUCUGACACCGUCCCGAGAAGCUCAGCUGUGUCACAGCAAGAGCAUGAUUCUCCACACCCUGCUGGGAAGUCAAAAUCUUCCAAAGGGGACGAGCCAUAUGCUAGCAUGCCCUCGGUACUGGGUGUGAUGGGGAACUGGGCGGAUGAUGAUCUGCCUAGGAUGAGGUUCAAAUGCCCCUUCUGCACUCACGUGGUGAAGCGGAAAGCAGACCUGAAGCGCCACCUUCGCUGCCAUACGGGAGAACGGCCGUAUCCGUGCGAAGCGUGUGGAAAGAGAUUCAGCAGGCUGGAUCACCUGAGCAGCCAUUUCCGAACAAUCCAUCAAGCUUGCAAGCCCAUCUGCAGAAAAUGCAAGCGUCACGUGACUGAGAUGACGGGGCAAGUGGUCCAGGAAGGGACAAGGCGCUACAGACUUUGCAAUGAGUGCCUCUCAGAAGCUGGCAUAGACAGCAUCCGCAUUGAUUUGGACACUGAGCCACCACCUGAGUUCCCGCUAGAAGAGGACAAGGAUUCUAACUGGAAUUACGGUGAAGACAACAGAUCCGAUGUGGAAAUUGUAGAGGACGGGUCUACCGAUUUGGUCAUCCAGCAAGUGGACGAUAGCGAUGAUGAAGCUGAGGAAAAAGAUAUAAAACCAAACAUUAGGUAGUUAUGAAUGGACUGGAUGUUAAAUAAAAGUUCCCCCUUUACGUUGUCAUUCCUUUGUUUUGACCAUUGACUCCCAACCAGCCUGUGGUUAACAUACAAUCUAUUAUAUAGGCUUUCUAUGACUUGGGCUAAACUUGCAUGCAUUUAUGGACAUGCCAUUGUGUCUAUAUUGAAUUUAGUUACUCAAGAGUAUCAAUAUUUUGUUCCAUAAGCAAGCAUCCAUCCUGAGAUGGUACCAUGUAUGAACAAUUACCUGCUGAAGUGCGACAGUGAUAACUUUUGAUAGAAUAAAAUGGAUCUCUUCUCAAA